AUGGAACAGUGUGUGAGGUGUCCAGAUGAUAAGUAUGCCAACUUACAGCAAACCCACUGCCUCCAAAGGGCUGUGUCACUUCUGGCUUAUGAAGAUCCAUUGGGGAUGGCUCUAGGCUGCAUGGCCCUGUCCUUCUCUGCCCUUACAGGACUAGUACUAGUCACUUCUGUGAAGUACAAAGAUACUUCCAUUGUGAAGGCCAAUAACCACAUUCUCAGCUACAUUCUGCUCUUCUCUCUCAUCUUCUGUUUUCUCUGCUCAUUGCUCUUCAUUGGACAUCCCAACCAGGCCACCUGCAUCCUGCAGCAGACCACAUUUGGAGUAUUUUGCACUGUGGCUGUUUCUACAGUGUUGGCCAAAACAAUAACUGUGGUCAUGGCUUUCAAGCUGACUACUCCAGGAGGAAGAAUGAGAGGGAUGCUGGCAUCAGGAGCACCUAACUUAGUCAUUCCCAUUUGUACCCUAAUCCAACUUGUUCUCUGUGGAUUCUGGUUAUUAACAUCUCCUCCCUUUAUUGACAGAGAUAUACAAUCUGAACAUGGGAAGACCAUCAUUAUUUGCGACAAUGGCUCAGUCAUUGCCUUCCACUUUGUCCUGGGCUACAUGGGCUUCUUGGCUCUGAAUAACUUCACUGUGGCUUUCUUGGCUAGGAACCUUCCUGACAGAUUCAAUGAAGCCAAGUUCCUAACAUUCAGCAUGCUGGUGUUCUGCAGUGUCUGGAUCACCUUCCUCCCUGUCUAUCAUAGUACCAGCAGGAAAAUCAUGGUAGUUGUGGAGCUCUUCUCCAUUAUAGCUUCUAGUGCAGGGUUGCUAGGGUGCAUCUUUGUCCCAAAGUGUUGUAUCAUUUUAGUUAGACCAUAA